AUGGCUAUCAGCUCGCGGGCUCCAUUCUCAGCUUCUCUCAACAAACGUUUUCCCCCUGCAGCUAAAUACAGAGAGGAAUUCAAGCUCAUCAUUGACCGAAUCGCAGUGGUGAAGUCAGAGAAUGGGGAGAAAUAUCUUGUCCUAAAGAAGAAAUACAGGCAGAUUCUGCAUGAGCAGGACCCCAAACAUCAGUGGACGAGCCCGGGCAGAGCUGCGGCCUCUGUGGCGUGGGACGCGGCGGACCCAUCCGCUCCUCCCCCUCACCGGGAGGAGCCGUGCCAGCCGAUGCCAUGUGGAGAUCCCGACGGGGCUGCAGAGCACCAGCAGACGGGAACACGCUUCACGCAGCCAGAUCCAUCGCAACUUCCCGUCGUCCCGGCCCAGGAUCCCUCGGCGCAAAACUACGGGGACGAUGAGCUGGACAAAGAUUCAGGGUCAAAGUCCGAGUCUGAGCAGGACGAGGAGUGUACGGGCAGCAUGGGCUCCGCUGCUGUCGCCCUGGAUCCUAUAGAGAAGGAGUGGAUAUACUCCGCUGCAGGUGCUCGGGUCCCUGACCUCUCUCACCUGCUCAGACAAGACCCGUCGCUGGCAAACAAGAAGGACUUUACCUCAGGGACCGCUCUGCACUGGGCGGCCAAACACGGCAACGAGGACAUGGCCACCCUGGUGGCUAACGCGGGGGCUGAUGUCAACACCAAAUCACACGGGGGAUAUACGCCUUUACACAUUGCAGCUUUACACGGUCAUCGGAAUAUUCUGGACCUCCUCAUAGUGACAUAUGGGGCCAAAGAAAAUUUAAGGGACUACAGCGGCCAUUUUGCCGGCCAUUAUCUGAACAUCAAAGAAGAAGAGGGUCCGGAGGGAGACUGCGAGCUGCAGUUUCAAGUCACUCAGGCCAGAGAGCGCAACAGGAACAGGAAGUUGGCGUCCUUGUUUCACUCCAAGAAGAAGUGGGGCUCGGCAGAGGAGCUGGCUCCGAUAGAGGAGGAGAGGACGCCGUCGCAUCAGCUCGCCCUUCCUCCAUUCAGACCAAGGAAAUUCUCCCGCUAAGAAUAUAUAUAUAUAUAUAUAUAUCAAAAUCCAUGCAGUGGAAGUGUGAUACGUGUAUAUUUGUUACGUGCACAUGUACAGCAACACUGAAAGCGUAUAUACAGACACACACCUAAACCGCUCAUCCCAGUUUACUGGGCACAGAUGCUCUUUGGAUGAUGCUUUGCUUAUACGUGCAUUAGCAUUAGCACACUUACCAGGAAAAAAGUAUUUCUUGAAGCCUUUACAUUUGAAUGAAUGUUGACAAAUGUUACUUAUGCCUUACGAUUUCAAACGAGCUCAGGCCACGUAGACUCUUUCAACUCGGCUUUUGUUUGCGUGAAAGACGAAAAGUAGACAAUUGGACUGUGAAGAGGUGCAGAGGAUCCAGUGAGGAGUUAAGUGACGAGGCCUGAAGUUUAAAUAUAUUGAAAUAAGCAGACUUUUUUGAAAAAGGAACAUACUGGUUUGUAUGUUUCGGUCUAUUAAAUAUGAUUUGUGCCUAAAAUGUUCCAUCACAUAAAAGUUGUUGCACCGAUUUAUUUUACUCAGCUGUUAUUUUAGAUUCAUGUGAGUACUCAGACUCAGCUUGCAGACACUAAAUUGUGAAAAUGUUGAAUUUGUAUUAAAUAAAUCAUUAAAAAUCCCAAAUACACGGCAUAAAAAACAAGUACAAAAUGCUUUUCUGACCCACCUCCAACUCUUUGAUUGACAACGAAGAAUUGAUGAAUGUUGAACUUUGCAAACGUUUGUUUGUGACGCGACUCAAGUCCUUCAUUUGCUUUCAGUUUGAGUUUUGCUGCUUAUUUGUUUGUUUUCCCUUGUAGCUUGUGAAUAGAACGCUGCAUGGCAGAAAAGUUGUUUUCCUCCACGAAUGAAUGCAGCAACAAAACCGGCUUCAUAUAUCGACAACAGCAUGCUGACAAAAAACUUGAUAAAUCAACAUUAAGGCCAGUCGAUCAAAGAAAUGAGACAUGAGUCAAGCAGGAUUCAGUUUCAAGUGCAUAUUCAAACUGUACUUAAGAUUACUCAAAAAUGUUACUCUAAGCUCGGAUAAAAUGGCAAAAAUUGGCUGCGAGGUGUUUGCAAAGUGUUAAUCUUUGCCAAGAAACCUUUCACAGCAUCAGGAAGUUUCCGACAUCCUUUUCAUCUGUUUUAAAAGAUGCACAUUUGGGACUAUUUGUUUGUAAUUCAGUGCCAUUGUAAAAGGGGGUUUAUUUUCAAGGUAAUUGUGUAAUCUAAACAAAAACAAAAAACUGCUUCCAUCACAUCUUCUGCAUACUAUUUAUAUAAUGAAUGUAUUUCAGUAAUAAACUAUAUUUUAUAUCAAA